CAAAAAUCACAAACACAACCCUAAAAGGCUAAACCCUCAUCUUCUCCGCCUUCUCCCCUUCACUGUAAACCCCCACCUCUCUCUCGGAAUCAGAUUCGUGGAAGCACCACCACAACUUCCCCAUCAACCUUCAUAUCUCCCCCGCCUCUCUCUCUCAGCGCCGCACUCAAUAGGUUUAUUUGAUUAGGUGUGCUUAAGUAUGGAAGAAGAAUCAAACUCAGUUGCCGACCAUGGUAUGGAAGGAGAAGUGAGGACAAAGUAUAAGGGAAAACACGAUAAACCAAAGCCAUGGGAUCAUGAUGGUAUUGAUCAUUGGAAGAUUGAUAAGUUUGAUCCUACUUGGAAUGAAAGAGGAAUGCUUGAAGUUAGCUCCUUCUCCACUUUGUUCCCUGUUUACAGAGAAAAGUAUUUGCAAGAUGCUUGGCCUUCAGUGAAAGGUGCAUUGAAACAAUUUGAUAUAUCUUGCGAUCUCAAUUUGGUUGAGGGGUCCAUGACUGUUUCGACAACCCGUAAGACUAGAGAUCCAUAUAUUAUCGUUAAAGCUAGGGACCUCAUAAAGCUCUUAUCAAGAAGUGUCCCUGCACCUCAGGCCAUCAAGAUACUGGAUGAUGAGAUGCAAUGCGACAUUAUAAAAAUUGGAGGCCUCGUCCGGAACAAGGAACGAUUUGUUAAAAGGAGACAACAUCUUUUGGGACCCAAUUCUUCUACUUUAAAGGCUAUUGAGAUUUUGACAGGGUGCUAUGUUCUAAUCCAGGGAAACACAGUUUCCGCUAUGGGUUCCUUCAAGGGGUUGAAGCAAGUUAGGAGGAUCGUGGAGGACUGUAUACAAAAUAAAUUGCAUCCAAUAUACCAUAUCAGGACCCUCAUGAUGAGAAGGGAACUCGAAAAAGUUCCUGAACUAAAGCACGAAAGCUGGGAUAGAUUCCUUCCUAAAUUUAAAAAGAAAAAUGUGAAGCAAAAGAAAGCAAAGAGCAAGGAGAAGAAACCGUAUACACCGUACCCUCCUCCUCAAGAGCCAAGCAAGAUUGAUAUGGAACUAGAAAGUGGUGAAUAUUUCUUAAGUGAGAAUAAAAAGUCGCAAAAGAAAUGGCAAGAUAAGCUGGAGAAGCAGGCAGAAAAAUCAGCUGAAAGCAAAAAGAAAAGAGAGGAAGCAUUUAUUCCUCCUAAGGAAACCACCAAGCAGGAGUCCACUAGAGACCAAGACAAGGAUGACCUGGCUGCUACUACAAUGAACUUAAAGAGAAAAUCAAAGGAGUUAAAGAAGCAGAAGGCUAGGGAGAAUAUUGAUCCUGAAUCAUACAUCGUGGCUCCGGAGAAACGAUCUUCUAAAAAGUCUAGGACUUCUUAGUUUUCUUCAACAUUGAGGAUCAUGGUGGGGAUUCGAUACCCUUUUGUAACAGAAUUUUGAUUUAAGAAGAUAAAUUGUUUGUCAUAGCAUUUGUCAUAGCAUUUAUCUUAACAACACUAUUUGGUUUAAUAGUUAUUUUUCGAAGAAAUUACUGAUUAUUAAACUAGCUAGCUUUCAAUCAUUUGAAAAUUCUGUUGUGCGA